AUGGCUCGUUCGCUCCCGGAAUGCGUCGACACGGUGAUCAUUGGCAAUGGACCAUCCGCGCUCAUCCUCUCCUACAUUCUCCAUGGUCAUGUCCCGUAUUAUAUUGGCGGACACCAUGAUGCCAUUCUCGAUGCGAAACUCGAGAAGAACCCCAAUCUGCUGCACUUGACGCCAGAUCUGCAUGCCCAUUUCUUGGCUUCGCUGCGGUACUCGACUCAAGCGCUGCCUGUGAAUACACUCCUCGAUACUCUGAUACGUCCGAAUGCGGACACUGAGAUCAACCCGAAGUCGUGUAUCGAAUGGCGCUACGAGCCCGAACGGGCAAUAUCCCAUGUUGCUAUUGGUGAGGCAGCCCAUGCCGGUGGCCAAUGGGCUGCGAAGCCCGUCUCAGCAAACGCGGAUAUAGGCACCCUGAGCUAUGCAGAGCAGCUGAGUCUGCCUGGCUACUCGUACGCCGACCAUUUGGCGGAGAAGAAGAAGCAAGACGAAUACGACUUUGUGCGCCCCUCGAGGACGGAAUAUGCAGACUAUCUAAAGGCCUAUCCAAGGGCCGUGGGCAUCGAAGAUGCCGUCUACACGAACAUGAAGGUCGACAAUGUCCAUCGAGAGGGUCGUGGCUUUUUUAUAGGAUCGUUGAACAUCCGCUGCAAACAUCUCGUCCUCGCAUCUGGCAUCUUCAACGUCAACAUCCCACCACCGCCACUGCUUCGGCCAGUUGCGCAGCUGGACUCACAACAUGACCCUCUGCUAGUCAUUGGCUCUGGCUUUUCAGCCGCAGAUGUCAUCAUCUCUGCGCCCCCGACACGCAGAAUCAUACACCUUUUCCAAUGGGCGCCAGAGCAGCGACCUUCACCCUUACGAGGAUGCCAUCACACCGCCUACCCAGAAUACGCGGCAGUCUAUCGACAGAUGAAGCUUGCGGCUAUUGCAUCUACCAAGAAGAGCAAGUCGGCCAAAUCCCCUCUGGCCCGAAGGAAGUCGAAUCCUUUCUGCAGCCAGCGUGAUUGGAGUGUAUACGAAGGACUACCCAAUGCCGAGAUCCUCGACGUUUCCUCGUCGGACGAUGCAGGCGUGGCUACAGUUACCAUCCGCCUGACAUCGGGCGAGUCCAUCACGCGCCAAGUCGGCGGCCUGGCCUACGUCGCCGCACACUGCGCAGCAAAGCUGAAUCCGAAACCUCGCUCGAAGUGGCCCGCGACGUCUUCAUCACAGGCAGUCUAA